AUGAUGCAGGGUCUACUCAAGGCAAUCGUGUUUGCCUCUCUUGCAAAACUUGGUUCUACCGCAUGCUUCGAAGCCGCUGCAACAGGUGGGAGCUGUAGUGCUGCUGGUUCAACUGGGGGGGGGAAUGAAACUGUUACACCUGCACCCUCGGCGAAAAUCAUUGCAGAAUGUGGAACUGCUUGUGCCGCCUCCACCUACACCAUCUUCAAACCGAUAUCAAUUCGUCAAGAGCGUUUCUUGCCCGUCUUCAACUGUCCCGUCUUCAACCAUCCCAUCGUCAACGGCCCCCUCUUCGACAAGCGAAUCAUCCGUUGUAACACCAUCUUCAACCGACCUUUCUUCCAAAGUCCUAUCAUCGACUACUCCAUCCUCCACACCACUUUCCACAAGCGUUUCUUCCUCGAUCCCAUCCUCGGACACUCCAUCCUCGACGAUUCCAUCUUCAACAACGCCAUCUUCAACACUAGAUUCGUCUACAACCCGUCCUCAUCGAUCGUCUCUACACCCCUUGAAACUCCAUCUUCAACACCUGAUUCAACACCUGAUUCAUCUGCAUCGCAAUCCUCAACGGUCUCGUCCACGCAGCCUCUCGACACUCCAUCUUCGACAUCUUCAACUACGCCAUUGUCAAGCCCGAUAUCGACCACUGAGCCUGCGGCUACUCCGAGCACUACACGAAAGUGCCGGCCUAGGAGUAAACGCAACGAGCUGUGA